GUGGGUGAGAUAUCUGUCUCCAAUCUUCAUGUGAACUGGAGGGAGAGAGUCAGUACACAAGAGAGGAAGAGAGCACAGAGCCUCAUUUGGUCUAGAGGAAGUUUGAUUCACUGAGACCACUGGCUGGUUUCCUUGUGAAAGUGGUGUUGCUGCAGGGGGAAUGACGCGCGCAGGAACCUCCCUUACAGCUCCGGGGUUUGUGACUGGGAUUUUCACAGGAUGUAUGGGACAGUGGGGGCAGAGGGGCAGCGAGCAUGAGGGGUCCGCUUUGAAGUUUGUUUGUCCGGUAAUAGCCGAGGCUGGGAAAGCCUCGUCCUCUGAGUGCAGCACAGUCAUGUUAACCUCUGAAGGGUCACCACACAGGACAGAGGUCAUGGCGGUUGCAAUGACAGAGUCUGCGGACACAGACAUGACGUUGUGGAGCGAGGCCGACUUUGAGGACAAGUGCACGUACAUUGUGAAGGACCAACCCCUGGAAGAAGUGUCCAAAAACUGCAGCAAGACACGAGCCGAAAGGUCCUUGCCCAGGAACUUGGCCCUGAAACGCCGCCUAUACUCAGCGCAGGUGCUCGGAGUGACCAGCAAGGAGUUGAUACCGAAAGGGACACGCUUUGGGCCUCUAGUGGGGGAAAGAUACACCAAUGAAACGCUGCUGAAAGACGCCAAUAGAAAGUAUUUUUGGAGGGUCUUCUCCCAUGGGACCUUACACCACAUCCUGGACGGUUUGAAUGAAGAGAAGAGCAACUGGAUGCGAUACGUGAACCCGGUCUGCGGCAUCGACGAGCAGAACUUGAUCGCGUGCCAGAGUGGUCUGGACAUCUACUUCUACACAAUUAAGCCCCUUCUUCCUGGCCAGGAGCUGCUGGUGUGGUACUGCUCGGAACUAGCCCAGCGUUGUAACUACCCACCCCUGGGGCAGCUAGCUAUGAAUUGUGCUGAGCAUUGCCAAUCACAGAAGAAGACGACAGAAAAACGAGGACACAGUGUGACUGAGAUCCUCCGAGAAGAGCCCCCCAAGCCCCUCGCUAGCCUUCAUCGACAAAUGGACGGUUCCUUAUCCCGGGGUAACCUCACAGUUUUCCCAAUUGUCUACCCAAUUCAGUCGCAGUCCAAAUCCGUCCAUAGAUAUGCAGCUCUGCCCCCUCUACCAUCCUGUAGUCCUCCGGCUGCUAAAAAGCCAGAUCUAAGCAGCCAUAUUCCUUCUGGUUUGCACUUCAGCUUCCAGCACAGCCCAAGUCAUGUACUAGCCAAACCUUACCCAGAACCCUCAGCACCGGAUCAGGUUUAUCCUGCCUUGAGGCACCCUCCCUAUCUCCUACCCCACUACUCAACUCUACCUCACCCCUACCUGUCCUACGCCGAUCGACUAAAACCCUACCUGACACUCUCCGCUCAUUUGCUUCCUUUUGACGGCUAUGCAAACCUCCUCCAGCCGGGACACAAGAACUUGACCCUUGCACUAUCAAACACCAAAGAAGACCUCAUUCCUUCUCCAAAUGGGGAGACCAAAGAUGAAAAGAACCUCCUGUCCCAAAGAACAAACUACCUCGUGAUUCAAUCCGAGCAUCCCGGAGAUGCAGAUGUCCCUUUACCAUCUACAUCCGGCGCCACAUCCGUGGUAACCGCCCCGUGCAGAGCGCAACCCUCGCUCGCGCCUGGAGGAUGCUCUCCACCGAUGGGUACGGCGGCUUCAUUAGACCGUGACCCCUCCAAACCUACUACGGCCAUGCAAAGCAACACCGCGGAUGCACUGCACCUCAGGAAGGCCAAACGAGAGGACCGCGUGAUUGGCUACAAGACCUUGUCGUACCCUCUCACCAGGCAGAACGGAAAGAUCCGGUACGAGUGCAACAUCUGCAGGAAGGUCUUUGGCCAGCUGUCAAACCUCAAGGUCCACCUGCGAGUGCACAGCGGCGAGCGUCCCUUCAGAUGCCAAACCUGCAACAAGAACUUCACUCAGCUGGCCCACCUGCAGAAACACUACCUUGUUCACACUGGAGAGAAGCCCCAUGAGUGCAAGGUAUGCCACAAGCGAUUCAGCAGCACCAGUAAUUUAAAGACCCACCAGAGGUUGCACUCCGGCGAGAGGCCUUACCAGUGCAAGCUGUGUCCGGCCCGGUUCACUCAGUUCAUCCACCUGAAGCUCCACAAACGCCUCCACACCGGGGAGCGUCCGUAUCGGUGUCCCCGCUGCCCCUGUGCCUACUUCCAUCAGUGCAGCCUUCAGGUGCACCUCCAGGGGUUCUGCCCUCUCUCGCCCUCCCCUUCGCGCAAACACUCCCCCGAAGAGCUCCACAGAGUCAACUCGGAGAUCGAGAGGUUCGACGUGAGCGAAGCGGCGGAGCAUCUGGAGGCCAUGGCGGCGGAGGCCAAGAUGGACAAGAGGGAUGUGCUCGACCUCAUACAAAGGAUGGACACUCGCACCUCCGACCAACAGGACGGCGCCACGGGGGCCUUUGAACUCUUUGAAUCGGCAAAGAAAGGUUCACUUCUGCAAAACCGCCACGGAGCUCCUCUACCUCUGCAUCCCAGCAGCAUCAAGCGGGAGUCAGGCUGCAUGUCAGAGCCUGAAGACGGAUUUGCUAAUCCAGCCAUAUAAUCCUUACAGGUCAACUCAGCAGCUGUCUGCCACUGUCCUAUUUGAGGUAAAGCCUCAUCUAUAAACCAUUGUCACACGUGAAGUAUCAAGACUCCAUCAGCACAGCCUGGGACUCUGUUGGUUUAAUGUAUAAAAACUUGCUAAUUUAUUAAGUUGUUCAUAUUGAUCUAUACAAACAGGGUUCCGUGACAUUAUACAUUGCUGUAUUGUCAUGUCAGCCAAACAUGUGAUUAUGCAUCAACAAUGUUUUUAUUCCUAGUGGUUACAGAGUGAGAAAGGGUGUGUGUUUAUACAUCUUCUAAUUAAAGAUACAAAUAAAGCAGCAGUAUGACUGUGUGAAGAGGAAGCCUCCAUUGUUUGUGUAGCGAUGCCCUUUUGUGAGCGGGCCAUGCUUACGUCAAGG